AUAUAUAUAUACCUUUAAACAUUGAAGCUUAAAACUACAUACACACUACCAUGGCAAAUUCCCAAGAACCUUCCAAAGUCCCGAUCUUCGAUCUUUCCCCGAAAAACCUAAACCCCGGUUCAAGUUCAUGGCCACAAGCUUGUAAGAAUGUGAAACAAGCUCUUGAAGAGUACGGGUUUUUCAUUGCACAUUACGACAGAGUCCCGUACGAACUGGACAAGCAACUCUUUGAAGAACUGCAAGAACUGUUCGAUUUGCCACUCGAGACAAAAACACGAAACACUUCCGAUUUGGUUUUCUAUGGUUAUGUGGGACAACUCCCCCACGCCCCUCUCCACGAGAGCAUGGGGAUUCCAGAUGUGACAACCUUUGACGCUGUUCAAAACUUCACAAAUCUCAUGUGGCCUUCCGGAAACAAGACAUUCUGUGAAAGCAUACUAAGUUAUGCAAAGCUAGUGUCGGAGUUGGAACAAAUAGUGGACAAAAUGGUGUUCGAAAGCUACGGUACACAAAAGCACUACAAAUCCCACAUCGAAUCAACUACUUAUCUCCUCAGAACAAUAAAGUACUCAGUUCCAAAAAUAGCCGACGACAAAAGCAAAGACAACAUCGGAACAAACGUUCACACGGACAAGAGCUUCUUGUCCAUACUUCACCAGAACCAGAUUAAUGGACUAUACAUACAGCUCAGAAAUGGGGAAUGGUUGGCUGUAGAAGUCCCACCUGGUUCCUUUGUGGUCAUGGCUGGAGAUGCUUAUCAAGCAUGGAGCAAUGGGAGGAUAUUUGCAGCCAAGCACCAAGUGGUGAUGAAAGGGGAUGUCCGUAUGCCUAGGUUCUGUUUGGCCCUGUUUUCGUUUAACCAUGGCAUGACCCAUGUACCCGAGGAGCUGGUGGACCCGGAGCAUCCGUUACGGUUCAACCCGUUUGAUAAUUUUGGGUUGGCCCGGUUCUAUCUCAGUGGUGUCACCCAGAUGACUGAGAGCACUGCCCAGGCCUACUGCGGUAUUACUUCCUAAAAGUUUCGACUCUCUCUGCUAGAGGUGAUGAUGCUCUGUGUACGUUGUAUGUGCUCUCUUUAUUUGUGUGUGAUGUGUAUAAAUGCUUAUCUAAAUAAUUUCAGGUAUUGUGAACUAAAUUGAAGCCUAAAAAUGUCUAUAUUCAUCAU